UAUAGGCGCAGUUACUUCCGCAACUCAUUCAAGCUUGCUUCCGGGUUCUCGGUGUAUCAGCAAUGGACGGUGUCCCUAUUAAGGCUAUAUUGUUUGAUUUGGACAACACGCUUAUCGAAACUAAUCGCGCGAAUCAAUAUGCGAUGCAAAAGACCUAUGAACUUUUGAAGACCUCACUGGAGCUUGAUGAUGACGUCAUCAGCCAGAUUUGUGACAGGUUCAAGCAGAAACUUCUCCACGAAAAGUUUGACCCUUCAGCUGGCAGAUCUAUAGAUGAAGUUCGAGUGGGUCACUGGGAAGACAGCAUUAAGGAAAGUGUGGACAGUUGUUCAACCCCCUCCUUGGCAGCUCAAUGCUACUACCUAUGGAAAAAGAGUAGACUGGAGCUGAUUCGUCUGUCCCCUGAGAUCUCCAGUCUUCUGAAACAAUUUAGAAGGAAAUACAAGCUGCUUCUCCUGACCAACGGGAAUUCUCAAACACAAAAAGAGAAAGUGGAGGCGGCAGCUUGCGAAGGCUUUUUCGAUAAGAUUGUAGUCGGGGGAGAUUAUGCAGAGCAGAAACCUCACCCUUCCAUCUUUAGACUGUGUUUUGAUCUUCUGCAGGUGGAAGCCCAGGACUGUAUCAUGGUUGGAGACUCACUGGACACUGACAUCCAGGGAGGGUUCAAUGCACAUGUACGUGCUACAGUUUGGAUUAACAGUGCAGGUGAUGCUGUACCUGUUGGUUCAGUGACUCCUGACUAUACGCUUUCUACUGUAUUGGACCUGGAAGACGUUUUGGCACAACUAAAUAAGAGGCAGUAGCUGAUAUAAACACUAAAUGUUAA